AUGACAACAGAGAAGAGCCUUGCGGCGGAGGCCGACAACUCGGAGCAGCAGCAAGCCAAGGAGGAGGAAGGAGCUGCUGAAACACAAAAGCAAGAGGCUGCCCUAGAGGAAGGGGCCCAGCAGACGUCGGGGGGGCAGGCUGUGGUGGGGCUGAAGCAGAAGGCCUCCAACGGCGACACACCUGCACCCGAGGAGCAGAGCAAGAAGGAGCGCCGCACCUCCGAGGGCCGGGGCCUCUCCCGCCUCUUCUCAUCCUUCCUCAGGAGGCCCAAGUCUCAGGUGUCCGAAGAGGACAAAGACAGUGAUGCUCCUAAAGAGGCAGGAGGUGACCAGAAAGACCCGGGAUUAGGAGCCAGCCCUGAUGAAGACAUCCUGGUGAAAGCCCCAAUUGCAGCUCCUGAGCCUGAGCUCAAAACCGAUCCAUCACUAGAUCUCCAUUCCUUAAGCAGUGCAGAAACACAGCCUGCACAGGAGGAGAGGAGGGACGACCAGGACCUGGACCCCAGAGACCUCGGGGGCAAGGAAGGAGGGGAAGGCAAGGAAGAGAGCACCAAGCCAGAGCCCAAGCAAGAGACUCCGGAGCCCAAGGCAGACAAGGAUUUGAAAGCUGCCCAGAAAGCAGUAAAAAGACACAGAAACAUGUACUGCAAAGUCGUUUUGCUGGAUGACACCCUUUUUGAGUGUGCCGUGGAUAAACAUGCCAAGGGGCAGGAUCUCCUUAAGAAAGUCUGUGACCACCUCAAUCUCCUGGAAGAAGACUACUUUGGUUUGGCCAUUUGGGACACACCAACCUCCAGGACGUGGCUGGAUCCUGCCAAAGAAAUAAAGAAACAGGUUCAUGGAGGCCCCUGGGAUUUUACCUUCAAUGUCAAGUUUUACCCUCCAGACCCUGCGCAGCUGACAGAGGACAUAACCAGGUAUUACUUGUGUCUUCAGCUCAGACAAGACAUCCUCGCGGGGCGGCUGCCCUGUUCCUUUGCCACUCUGGCUCUGCUGGGUUCCUACACGGUCCAGUCUGAGCUGGGAGACUACGAUCCUGACCUGCACGGCCCAGAUUACAUCACUGAAUUCAAACUGGCCCCAAACCAGACAAAAGAGCUCGAGGAGAAGGUUGUGGAGCUUCAUAAAACAUACAGGUCCAUGACUCCAGCCCAAGCAGAUCUGGAGUUUCUUGAGAAUGCAAAAAAGCUGUCUAUGUAUGGAGUGGACCUUCACCAAGCCAAGGACUUGGAAGGAGUGGACAUCACUCUGGGAGUCUGUUCCAGUGGCCUUCUUGUUUACAAAGACAAACUGAGAAUCAACCGCUUCCCGUGGCCCAAAGUCCUGAAGAUUUCCUACAAGCGCAGCAGCUUCUUCAUCAAGAUUCGCCCAGGGGAGCAAGAGCAGUAUGAAAGUACAAUUGGGUUCAAGCUCCCAAGUUACCGGGCAGCAAAGAAGCUGUGGAAAGUCUGUGUUGAACAUCACACGUUUUUCAGGCUGACUUCCACUGAGGCCAUCCCAAAGAGCAGGUUCCUGGCGCUGGGCUCCAAGUUCCGCUACAGCGGGCGGACGCAGGCGCAGACGAGGCAGGCGAGUGCCCUCAUCGACCGCCCCGCGCCCCAGUUCGAGCGCACGGCAAGUAAGCGAGCGUCCAGGAGCCUGGAUGGAGCUAAACGUGCGACUCAAAAAGUUGAGUUCAGAGCCAUAGAGGAAGAGAAGCAGGAGGAGGUGGUGGUGGUUGAGGUUCCUGAACCAAAACCCGUGGAUCAGAUCCGAGAGAAGCCAGCAGCAGCUGUGAUAACCCCUGAGAGGAGUCCCCGUCCCACCUCUGCCCCAGCCAUUGCUCAGAGCCACGCUGCAGAACCAGCCCCAGCGAAGCCCGACGUGAAGGACGUGACUGCUGCCUAUAAAGUAGAGAGAGAAACAGCAAAACCUGAUGUGAGACGUGAGGAAAUCCCAGCAGAGAAAGCCAAGCCAGAGCCAGCUGAUGCAUCAAAGAAGAGAUCAAAGAGGCUAGAUGGUGAAAACAUUUAUAUCAGGCAUAGCAAUUUAAUGUUGGAGGAUCUAGAUAAGACCCAAGAAGAAAUAAAGAAGCAUCACGCCAACAUCAGUGAGUUGAAGAAGAACUUUAUGGAGUCCGUCCCGGAGCCUCGGCCGAGUGAAUGGGACAAACGUUUGUCCACUCACUCCCCGUUCCGAACCCUCAACGUCAACGGGCAGAUUCCCACGGGAGCAGAUGGACCACCGCUAGUGAAGACACAGACUGUCACCAUCUCCGACGUGUCCAGCGCUGUCAAGAGCGAAAUUCCCACAAAAGAAGUCCCCAUCGUCCACACGGAGACCAAGACCAUCACCUACGAAGCUGCACAGACGGAUGGUGGCAAUGGAGAUUUAGACCCUGGCAUCCUGCUGACUGCUCAGACCAUCACUUCGGAGACCACCAGCAGCACCACCACCACCCAGAUCACAAAGACUGUAAAAGGUGGCAUUUCGGAGACACGGAUUGAAAAGAGGAUUGUCAUCACAGGAGAUGCAGAUGUAGACCACGACCAGGUCCUAGCACAGGCCAUCAAAGCAGCAAAGGAGCAGCACCCAGACAUGUCAGUGACCAAAGUGGUUGUGCACCAGGAGACAGAGAUUGCAGAGGAGUAGCAAGGCUGUGAAGCGUUCCUGCCAGACCCAACACCAGGAAAAAGAAACCCAGCAAAACUACCAAGAACCUACCUGGAGCACAAAGACCUCGGAUUUACAAGACUUGACACUCAGAGACAUUCAUAUCAUUUAUUAGGAGUUGCGCUUUGACAUUUUACUUGGGAUUUUCCAGACUCCACUGGAUCCCCUUGGAUAUAGGGUUUGGGGUUUUUUAUAUAUAUAUAU